AUGCCUCCUACCAACAACUCCGUUGAAACCCUCCACGACCUCUUCGAUCCCCACCGAGAAAUUCUCGUCCUCCAACGUUGCCUUUCCCCCACCUCUUCCAUUCGAGGCUGCUACGUCCGCUCUCGUCCAACUUCCUUCAUCGGCAACGACGACCAGAUGCAGAACCACCUCCUCAAUUUCUCUACUCUUGGCGAGGCCGUGAACGAUAUCGAAGGACGCCAGUACAAAGACGGUUCUCCCCCUCCUUCCCCGCUUCCCGCUCCUCCACCCUACCUCGCACGCGGUUCUCGUCGUUUCGACUCUUCGAGGUCCCGCCGCAGCUCUCGUGGAUAUCCAGGCCCUGGCAGAUACGAUGCAGAUUCCGUCUCGGUGAUUACAACUCGUACGACCAUCAGCACUUUCCGAGCCGUUCGUAAUCCGGAAGCGACACCACCGAUGUUGAGGCAGUCGGAGAAAGGGAAGAAGUUUUCUCGCUCAACACCGGAUUUGCUGUAUCAAACUAAGCUUGAGGUAUUGACCGAGCAGGAGAAGGAGAGGGAUUACAAGCAAAGCGGCGGGUGGAAGGGUGGGAGAAGGCUGAAGGAGAGGUUUUCGUUGCUCUUCAGUGGGAGGAAGGAGAACGCUGGGAUUUUAGAUCGUGAUGGUAGUCAGAAGUCCGUCGUGGAAUCCGGAAGAAAGAAGUCGUUUUCGUUUCGCCGGGCUGCUAAGGACGUCGAGAGUUCCGUUGGUGCAGCUAAGGUUGGAGAGGCGAAGAAUCCGCUCGAGCUUCAGCGCACCAGGUCGGGGAAAUCGUGGGUGUUUAAGCGUCGAGGAACGAGGACGGGACAUAGCCGUCGUACAGCCGUUGAUCACAAGGGGGAUUAUAUCGAGCUUCAUCAGAUGGAUUGUGACAAACGUGUUCGUCACUCCAAGUCCUUCGCCGGAUUCCGGGCUAGUACCAAUGUCGACGAUAUUCCUCCAGUUCCACGGGUUCCAGGUGCGAUGAACGAGAUGGUGAAGGAGGGUGAAGUAGUCGACGAGGAUAUCGACGAGAUCACCAGGGAGGCUGCGCAGGUGAACAGACGUGUUCGAAGGAACUUUUCGUAUGAAGAGAACCAGGGUGGUGAAGUUCAAGAAUUGGAGUGA